CAACAGUUUGUUGUCAGUUAGAGAUUUUAAAGGAGCUGCUUCACCCGUCGCUAAGGGACCGACUGUGGUGUAUCAUCGAUGAUUGAUCGAUUCUGCGAAUGUUUAUCGAUUAGCAUGAAUGAUCGUGUAUGUAGAGUUCAGUGAUCAUGUCUGUGAGUAAAGAGGAGAGUUUGUCCCCGGAUGAGAUGCGACAGAAACUCUAUCAGACCUUCAAGAGUCGCGGGGUUCUGGACACUCUGAAGACGCAGCUCCGUAAUCAGCUGAUCCAGGAGCUGCAGCAGCCGGUGCGGAGAGGAGAAGCCGUUCCCAGACGCGCCGCGGCUCACGCUCACUCUGUGUUAGUGACCGCGUGCAACAGUGUGAUCAUAGAUCACCUGCGGAGCGUCGGAUACGAGUACACGCUGUCUGUCUUCUACCCCGAAUGUGGGAUGAGCAAAGACAAGGUGUUAUCAACCAGAGACCUUCUGCAGCUCAUGAAGAUCAGUCCUCACAUGCCCUUAUACAAAGCUCUGGUAUCAGAUAUACAGAAAGGACAGACAGGUUUCCUGAUGAGCCUCUUCAUGGAGCUCACAGACCAUCACGUUCACAGAGACCGCUGUGACACGUCUACACAAACCACCUCUAUAUCAGCGCAGAAAGAAUCUCUUGUUGAGAAGAUGCAGCUGAUUGACGAGGAGUAUGAAGUGCUUCGGCACAGAGGAGACCGCUGGGCGUCAGUGGAGGCGAAGCUUGCGGAGUACAGGAAGGAGAUCCAGGAGCAGGCGCAGGUCGAGCUGGAAGCAAAGCUGCAGCACUUCAUGGAUGUGGAGAUCACGAAGGUGAAGAGGGAGGAGAAAGAGGCCUCGCGGAGAGAGAUUCUGGAGCUGAGACGAGACCUGGAGAGAACUUAUGAGCUGAAGUCAGAGGCUCUGACGAGCCGAGAGAAAAACGCCAUCGAGCGAUUACAGAAACAUCAGGAGAUUGAGGAAAAAGAGAUUUAUGCUCAAAGACAAGCUGUGCUGAAAGAGAUCGAGUGUGUGCGGAGCAGAGAGACGGAGCUGAAACAGAGGACCGAGGCCUUCGACAAAACCUGUAAGCUGCACGAGGAGAAGCUGAAGACUCUGGAGGAUCUUCUGAGGAGGAGAGAACUGUCUGUGAAGAGCAUGGAGGACUCGUUCGAGCAGAAACUGAAGAGCGAGUUACUGAAAUAUCAGCUGGAGCUGAAGGAGGAUUACACGAAGAGAACGGAGACACUGGCAGAAAACGAGAAAAGGAUUAAAGCAGAAACGGUUCGUCUGCAGAAGGAAUCUGCGGUUAUUGAUGCAAAAGCAGAAGAGCACGAGAGACUUUUAUCAGAAAUCAAACGUCUGCAGAUGGAGCUGGAGUCGGUCAGAUCGCAGACGUCUCUUCUGGCCCAACAGAACGAGCUGCUCCGACAGAGACUGGAGAACGUGAGCGAUUAUUCAGCGCUGAAGAAAGACACACAAGAGCUGCAGACACACAUCAGACUGCUGAAACACCAGCUGGAGGAGAAACACCAGGAGAACCAGCGACUCAGACGAGAGCUCAGCGGCCCGUCUGAAGAGCUGCUGACGCUGCAGGCCGAGCUCCGGAGACUGGAGACGACACGCAAACUGGACCAGCAGGAGUUUGAGACGCAGAAAACCGUCCUGCAGACACAGCUCCAACACGAGGUGCAGCAGUGUGCUCUGCUGAAGGCUCAGCUGCUGGAGUGUGAGGAACGCACCACAUGGAUGAACGCUCACACUGAGGAGCUCAAGCUCCAGCUCCAGCACACACAACAAGCUCUGGAGAACGAGAUCCUUCGAAAUCCCAAGCCUUCCCUGGUAGACCGAUCUGUUCUGAGUUUACACCCUGACAGGCUGCUUCCUCCUGACGUUUACGUAGACGCCGCUCUGCUCAGAAAGCCCAGAGCCGCUUGUGACGGUGAUUUAUCUGAAGCAGGACCAGCUCUCAGGGGCCCGCUGCACCCAUGGUCCCGCACCGAGGCCCCCGAGCACGACUCCGGUCUGGUGAGCGGCGCUUUGGCCAGGAUUCGAGAGCUGGAGCAGGAAGCCGAGCGGCUGGAGGAAGCCUAUAGGAGCCAUCAGCAGAGAGCCGUUCACGCGGCGGCCGCCCAUGCCGUGUCUGCUGAAGUUCUGCCGCUUCCCAGAACCACCUCCGGCUAUAGAGUGACCUUCGCUUCAGUGGGACGUCCUGUCGAGAAGGAGCCACUGGAAGGACUCAGCAGAACACCUUCUCCAAGAGAGAGGAACCCGCUGAGACUCAUCUCUCCUCCAGCCAGACGUCUGUCCUCCACACCGCUGUCCGUCUCUAAGAGCAGACGCGCAGCUGAUGCCGAUCAGGACCUGCACUCUUUCACUCAAGAGCGGCCGAGCUCCGGCAGCGAUAGAGCGGCGCUGAUGUUUGCAGAGAGGCAGAUCUCCCCGAUCCCUGCCGGAGAAAUGAUCUCAUCCAGAGACUUCACACACAUCAGUCCUCCCAGCAGCCCCAGGAUGAAGAGCACCACACGCCACAGCCGCAGUCCACCCAAACUGCAGGAAGUCAUAUCCAGUUCAUCCCAAGAGUCGUCUCCUCAGCCGGAGAAGAUCACGCUUCACGAUCUCACCGACCCCAUACAACUUGUGUCCACAGAUCAGGAAUGUAUCUUAGAGAGACUCCAGGACUCAGAGCCGGAGCGCCGUCAGGAGCAGCAGGAUGAACAGGCAUCAUCAUCAUCAGAUGCAGCCGUAAAGAAAGACACGCGUGAGGAUGAGGAGAAGAGCUGGGAGGAGGAGAGGAAGAGGAGAGAGGAGAGGAGACAGAGGGAGAGAGAGGAGGCGCAGGAGAGGGAGGAGAGAGAGCUGGAGAGACUCCAGAGGGAGAUGGAGGAACAAAAAGAUAAGAGGGACAGUACAGAAGGUCAUGUGACAUUAACGACCUCAGCGAUUGGAGGAGGAACAGAUGAGGAAGGUUCGGGAGGAGCCGAUGUGGCCAAUCCGCUUCAGAAGUACAUGAUGAUGCUCAUGCAGGACAAACCGAAGGAGCAGAGCCCAAAUAAAGAGGCAUCAGAGAACCAGAGUCAAGAGGAGAUUCUCCUGUCCGGCAACAAUGACCACAGUGUUGGCGUGACGUCACAUGAAGAACCAGACGAUGACUUUUGGUGACAAACGUCCAUUUCACUGCUGGCUGUUUUCAUGUCCAGUGUAUUUUUAUGUAUUUAUAUAGACAUGAUUGUUUGGGAAUGUUGUUUUUAUGAGUGAGACUGACUGAAUAAAUCUGAAAUGUUAAUGUUC